AUGAAGCGAUCAGAGUCAACUCCAAACAGUUUUCCCAGGCCGUUAUCUAGUGCGUCCUCCGUCGGACGGCCCUUGUCGAGCGCGUCAUCCAUCCGGCCCUCAUCCAGAGCUUCGCUAAGACCUCCAUCCACCACACCGAAUCAUACGCCGUCCGCACCGUAUAAUCUCAGACCUUCAUCGAGUGCCUCUAUCGGUCGUCCAGUCUCUCGUAUAUCCCAAAGACCAUACUCUCGACUGUCUCAAAGGCCGCCGACGAGACAGUCUCCUCGUUUGGCAUCUCUUAGCCAAGCUCUCGUGACACAGACGACAGGGCUUUCGCCUGAAACUGAGGAGGCCAGCUUCCGGACAGCCGUCGACUAUGUAUCCAAAAGCUUGGACCCUGGGUUAAAGGCUGCUCCGAGCACAGAUUUGAAGGCUAUCGACGGGCAUAUCAGAGGUUUCUCUCGGAAAGCCCGCAUAAACAACCAGGACUCAUGGGCAACUGCUCUUGAAACCACAUAUACUCACUUGAAGGAUCAGGUAGAAGGGAACAAAGAUUUCGAUCAGGAAAUACCACUUUCUCGACUGCCCGAUCACCUCCAAUUUCUGAUUCUUCUAUCCCUUCCGCCGACACAACUUACUAUCAACCAUGCAAACAACUUGCUCGAAAGCGCAAGAAACCCUCCAGACCCUCCCCCGACUCUGAGUUGGAAAGACAUAUUGGCCGAGGAGCCGUUUGAAGGCCAGCACUGGGAGGGUGUCUAUGGUUUACCUGCUGGUAGUACAGUCGAGGGUUGGGAAAUCAGAAGCCCUGGAAGUACACCACCGCUCUCUCCCAUUCCCUCUGACGACCUUAGAGACCUCAAUCGAUCUCUAUCAUCCUUGAAUUCACCGCUUAGUGACGAGACGGAUACUUCUCCCUUGUUGUUGCCUCAACAAAUAGGACCAGUGCCAGAUCUCACUGAUCUGUAUGCGCAUCGAAGAGAUGUAGCAAAAUUGCAGUCAAGACAGUAUUGGAGGAGCGAGUGGCAAACCGAUGCCUCUCCUACGGACCCCUUCAACUUAGGGGAUGCUUCCACUCUAGGCCCGUCGCUCAGCCGCGUUCUAGGUGAAGACCAAAAUUUGAACCUUGAUAACUUCAUUAAGGAGAAAUACAUCCAUGAACAUGAUGCGGUCCGUGAGAUCUUGAUGGCAUUACAGGGUCGCAAGAACCUACUCUUGAAAUGGUCGUACUACGAUCAUUCCACUUUCGCAUUUGAGGCAAACGCCCCUCGUCUGAUCCACCUAACGCUGACGGCACAGGCAUCGAUACUCGCGUCCUUUGCUCAAACAGCGACCAUCCUCGAGCAUCUCCGGAAAUUUACAGCUUGCAUAUUAGAUCAGUCAUCUCGUGCGCCCGACGUAUCUAACAACUCCUCUCACUUAGCCCGCUACAAUCGCCGCAUCACACGGACGAUCGAAGCCUGCUCAGAUGCUGUCUCCUCACAGUUACGACGUUUCGACCGGUGGUGCGCAGCCAAGGAAGAAGAAAUAUGCCUUGCUCGAUCAGGUUUUGGUCCAUCUCUGAUUGUCAGCUUGCUCAGCCUAGAGAAGGCUAUCAAGGAUGCAUUCUCCCAGACAUUCAGCAUCCUUCUUGAAGUACUGAGGAUAGUCAUGCGCCGAGCUUCACGAUCUCAGGAUACGGACGCAGAAGUAUGGAUGUUGGCAGAGCUUCCGUCUCGCAUGCCCCCUUCUGUUGUCACAACACUUUUGUUGGAUAGCUUGCUAGAAUCUGCGCAAGAACAUAUGUCUAUGGGUGACCAUGUCACGUCUGAUGCGUUGAUGAAUGUUUUUGUCGAGACAGCGGCACCGAUAUGGUCGCUGGUAGGACAGUGGUUGAAGAACGGGAUGCCAAUACAGGACCCGGUGGAUCGACAUAGCCUGUACAACCAUUCUGCUCUCGACGACGAAUUUUUCGUCGAAGAUAAUGAACUGCCGAUACUAGAUCCUGACUUCUGGACGGAGGGGUAUGCUUUGCGAGACGGCUCUGCUGAAGGGGAAACGGGCAUGAAGGCUUUGCCUACCUUCCUCACGCAUAUAGCCCCCUACAUCCUGAGUGCUGGAAAAGCGAUUGGCCUUCUUCGUGCUUUAGAAAUGCCGAUAACACCGGGAGAGGACGACAGCCGACUCUGGAUGUCGCGGUGGCCUCCAUUUGAUGCCAUUGUCGAAACCCAUUCCCAACACGAAUCGUUGACGUUGUCGAUUGAUGACCUCACUCGACUCGUUUACGAUGAGCUCUUGCCUCGAUGUCGGAUGGCACAAGCUCGAUUGGCCCAUGUCAUAAUCGAAGACGGAGAACUUUGGCCUCACCUCACUGCAUUGGAGGGAUUGUAUCUUAUGAGGAGGAUAGAUGUCAUUUCUCUUGUCUCAGAUGUCUUGUUCAAUAAAAUGGAUAGCCACCAAACUUGGACCGACUUUCACUUCCUCAACAGUGCCUUCCGGGACAUUACAGACAUGAGCAAGGAGAAGUGGAUCGAUUCAUCCCUUGUUCGCCUAUCAUAUCGAGGUGGACGCGACAAAACCGGAGAUAGAACAGUCAAAUCUAUCGACGGUUUAUUAUUAGAAUACGCCGCCCCGUUCCCCUUGACAUACGUCUUCAACCCACAUGGAUUCCAGGUGUACAAUGCGAUAUUCGUCUUCUUGUUGCAGAUUCGUCGUGCCAAAACCACACUUGAACGCAUCCUCGUGCGAGGUGCUGUGGUCACGCAGUCCCGCGGAGCGAGUGAAUUGAAGCCAUUCCACGCUAUGAGAAGUAAGCUCUCGUGGUUCAUCAACACUUUCCUGGACUUCAUAAUGACACACGUAUUGCACUCUCAGCUACUGUCCUUUCAUGCCUUACUGAGGCAGGCAAAGUCCCUGGAUGACAUCAUCCAACUACACGACGAACACAUUGACAAAUUGGAAGGGCGAUGUUUUCUUCAGCCACAGACGUCUGCUUUACACCGAGCUUUUUUGUCUAUCCUAGACAUGAGUCUUCAUUUUACCGACUGCUUUAUAGCCUUCGCUGGAGACGCCACAUAUGAUGUCUCGCGGCAGUCCAUCGCCUCUAUACAGCCCCAUCGGAGUCGUCGCCAGAAACGACAGCGAAAGAAUACCAUCGGCUUCUUUCAAACUCUCAGCCAACCUCCAGAUUUCUCGGGUGACUCGGAUACCGAUGAGGAAGACCCACUUGGAGAAUAUAGCCAUGAACCAUCUUUCUCUAUGACGACAUCCUCGAUAUCCUUCGUAGAGGAGGACCCGUUUACACAGAUCAACAAGAUGUCAUCCGAACUAGAUGGACUUAUACGUUUUAUCCGAAGAAGUGUAGAAAGCCUAGCUGGCGGUGCGUCGGAGGCAGCCUCGAUUUUUGGGAUAUUUGCCUUCGCACUCGAGGACUGGGACAGGUAACUGAGCUGUGUACCCAAACUGACAGAGGACCUCGUCCUGCGAUGGGUACGCAGACAAAUACAGAGUAUCCUAACGCCGAUGUGUACAGUCGCACCCAAAACUUCGAAGAAACACUUAUACGGACAGUACAUAUUCCAUCUGUAUGCUGUACUAUCUGAUCGCUGGUCAAUACGCGGAUGGCACUCUUCCAAAUAUGUAUAGUGCUUACCGCUCACUCAUAUCCUGUGUAAUUCGGUGUGUAUGUAGUUUCAUAGAAU